AUGAAGAUGGAGUCCGCCGUGGACUCAGCGUCGACCGCGAGCGAAGUCAGCGGCUCCAGUGGGGGCUCGCCGAGAGUGAAGGCUGCGUCGCCGGCCAGAGCGCUCAGCCCGCCGCUGCUGGCGCCGAGGCUGCCUCUCCCGCCGCCGGGGCUGGGGCUGCUGGGCUCGCUGCAGAUGAUGCACCACUCGCCGCUGGAGCUGAUGGCGGCCGCUCACCACCACGGCCCGCCGCGCUACGGCAGCCCGCCGCCGAUAUCCACCUCCGACCCGUCAGCCAACGAGUGCAAGCUGGUGGACUAUCGAGGCCAGAAGGUCGCGGCCUUCAUCAUCCAGGGCGACACGAUGCUCUGUUUACCGCAGGCCUUCGAGCUGUUCUUGAAGCAUCUAGUGGGCGGGCUGCAUACAGUGUACACGAAGCUCAAGAGACUGGACAUAGUGCCGCUGGUGUGCAAUGUAGAGCAGGUUCGAAUCCUGAGAGGCCUGGGCGCGAUACAGCCCGGCGUGAACCGCUGCAAGCUGCUCUCCUGCAAGGACUUCGACGUGCUCUACCGAGACUGCACCACGGCAAGGUGCCUGUCAAUGAAAGCGCCAGACAGCUCUAGACCGGGGCGACCUCCGAAGCGUGCCUCGGGUGUGGGCCUGUCGCUAGCCGCCACCCAAUUCCCUGGACACCCCUUCAAGAAGCAUCGCCUUGAGAACGGAGAUUACUCCCCAUACGAAAACGGACAUAUGAGUGAUAUGGCUCGUAUGGACAAGUCCCCCCUGCUCGCUAAUGGGUACAACGCGCCCCCCACGCACCUGGGACCCAUGGGCUUCAUGCAUCAGCACGCACUCAUGUCCCCCAGCAUGCACCACGGAGUACCUCGACCUGACGGAUCCAUCAUCAAAGGCCAGCCGAUGCAUAACAUGGAGGCACUGGCGAGAUCUGGUAUUUGGGAGAAUUGUAGAGCAGCUUACGAAGACAUCGUAAAACAUCUAGAAAGGUUGCGGGAUGAGAGAGGUGAUAUCGAACGUGUGAUAGCGAUGGACAAAGCACGCGAGGGUUCACAUAACGGCUCCUCUCCAGGUCACAGUCCUGUCUUGAACCUCUCGAAAUCAGGUUCUGGAGAACGGGAACGGGAAAGGGAACGAGAGCGUGAACGUGGGGAGAGGGGGGAGGGUUCUGCCAGUGGUCGAAGCUCAGCAGCUUCUCGCCGCACGCCCCAACCUCCCCGCAUACCAUCCACAGCAGCAGCUGCUUCACCCAGAUCUCAUACUGACGAAAGUGAUCCUGGUCUAUCUGACCAAGAAGACCAUAAUGUUAAAGACGAAGAUGACGGCGCCGAGUUGAGUGACGGUGAGCGUGAUAUGCCAACGAAUACUUCACCAGCUGCUGUCAACUACCCGACUCAAGGAUCUCCCUCAAACGUGCCCGUGGACCCGUCAGCAGACACCCUGGUCUCCUCGACGGAAACUCUCCUGAGGAACAUUCAGGGGCUGCUCAAGGUCGCAGCAGACAACGCCCGCCAGCAAGAACGACAGAUUAGCUACGAAAAAGCCGAACUAAAAAUGGACGUACUAAGAGAACGAGAAGUGAAAGACAAUUUGGAAAGACAACUACUCGAUGAGCAGAAGAUGAGAGUUAUGUAUCAGAAGAGACUAAAAAAGGAAAGAAAACAACGACAACAAAUACAAGAACAGUUAGAAAUGGAACUUAAGAGACGGCAGAAGAUUGAAGAAGCAUUGAAGCAAUCGGGAGCGCCUUCUGAGAUACUCAGAAUAGUCACUGAGAAUCUAUCACCGCCCCCAGAGAAUAGGGAACGCGAGAAUGGUACGGAGAGCAAGCCGCCAAGCACGGAGCCGCCCACCACGUCACCACCUUUCCAGCGUGACCCACCACGCACACCAGACAAACCACAAUGGAACUACCCACCACCACCCGUUGAUAUCAUGAGCGGAGGUGCAGCCUUCUGGCAAAAUUACUCCGAAUCCCUGGCGCAGGAGUUGGAAAUGGAGCGCAAAUCUCGUCAGCAGGCGAUGGAGCGUGACGUCAAGAGUCCACUGUCAGACCGCGCUGGUUACUACAAGAACUCAGUGUUGUUCAGCUCAGCCACUUAG